UCAGGCAGGGUUGAUAGUGGACUUCAGAGACCUAAGUGUUGGUUAUGUGUUUUGCAAUUGGUGGUUUAGUGGGAAUGAUGGUGACGUGUAGGUAAAACAGUGCUGCCGUGUAGGCUAGGCUUUGUAAAGCGCUUCACGAAUACCUGCUUGCAAUUCUUAGUAUUAACAGUAUGAUGUUUGUCAAAUGCCCAUGCAUGCUCUGUUUGCUGGUUUCCUGUUUUGAUGUGUCAAGAGGGUAGCUUGCACAUCUUUGCUUUUUUCCCAGAAUCAGCAUUUCAUUGUAAAUAUCCUGAUCCCCCUGUCUCAUUUAACAUGUGUGUUUUCGCUAUUUGUUUGUAAAAUCCAUCCUCAAAUUCCCUUUCACUGCACUUGUCCAUCUAUCGUUUGUUGCACAGGAAAAAAAAUAACGAUAUAAAGAAUCUCAUCCUUUUUUGCAUUAAAGUUAAUUAGUUGUAAAGCAUAACAAAGAAUAGUUAAUAAAAAUAGUACGUCAUUAUACCUUCAUCUUUUUAAUUAUUUUGACCUAUGAUAACUUGAAUGUGUGAAACUUUCAGAAAAGUUAAUGGCACGCUCGCACGCAUACACACACACACACACACACACACACAUCUGCAAGUGACUCCCAGUCCCUGGCGGUGAGGACGCCACUGUUACUGUCCUGAGGUAUCAGCCCUCCCACUGCGUGAGGUUACGGACGUGUCAUAUUUGUUGUGGUCAGGAUUCGACGAUCCUGACAUCUGAUCUGUUUACUGGAGGUUUGGUUUUGAUCAUGCCACACUAUGUCACCUGUGAGCGUUUGCGUGCCGUUGCCCUUUACCCGACUGGAAGUGUACAGUGUGCAGUGCCCAUAAUUCCCCACGUUCACCGAGACACAUACCCACUCGCUAGGAGCCCUUACUCCGAGCUACUGGAACAGAUGGCGGCUCCUCUUUGCAAUUAGAAAUGUAAAACGGGUAGUCAGAAUAUGCAUAGUGCACUUAUCAUGUGAUUUUCUGUAUUAUUUCUUAUCAUUGCGUUGUGUUCUGUUACCCUAAAUGUCCGAAUAGGAGAUUUUUACCAAUUCAUUUUUUUUUUUACCUCUUAUCAAUAAUUAUUUUGAUCAGAUAAAUAGUAUUUCCCUUAAAUAGCUCUACUCAAACAAUGCAGAUAUUCCGGGGGUUAUAUAUGAACGGUGGCCGAUACUCUCAGCUCCAACCAAAAGUAUAUACCCCGAGCAGCGAGUCGAGUGGAGGCUAAAGCCUUCCACUAGCGUAGAACAAUACAGCUGAAUUUGGCAGUGGAUGCACAAUGCUGUAUUUUCGUAUUGACGGCUGUGGAAUGGUCGAAGGUCCGGCGCAAGGCCCUUUUCAGUCGUUAGCUUCUACAGCUUCGUAUGUUAUGUUGUUUAUUCGCAUAGGCGUUUGUGUGAGCAUGUGUAUAUGUGCGUGUGUGUGUGUUAUUCAGUAAUAAAUGCAGAACCGCCUCACUCUAAUCAAGCUGAUUAAAAAUUCCUGCGCGCACAGCCGGAAAUCGCACCAUCCUCUGUUUUCUCCGCACUUUUUACUUUAUUUUCGCGUCGGUCCUCCACCAGGACAUCGUCUGUCACAGGAGACUGCCUCGCUCGACUCGAAAUCCGUCUUAAAUUGGCUUGUUACAGGCGUAUUUUCUUUUGAAAUGAGGAGGAAAAGGAAAGCAGAGGCAGCGCCAGCACCAGCGAGGGGAGUGAUGAGUCAAUACAACUAAUAAUUUAAUGGGGACACAGGAACGGGGAGAAAGAAAGGGGAGCUCCGUCCGGGCACAAAUUAAACGAACUGAAAACAGUCUAACCCAGGGAACUAUAAUCCAUCUAUGCAUGCCACAAUCGUCUUCGAUGUCGUAAAGUAAAUCGUACUUUUAACCUGUUUGGAUCCGCAGAUCGUAGCUACGUCGUCUUUCCACGAGAAUCCAGAUUAUUGUCGCUUCAUGCUCUCCCGGACAGUCGCGAGGCUAAAUUAAUUGUUCGGUCUUUUAUUUUAUAGAUGCUUACAUCCCCGUUGCAUAUCAGAGGACUUGUCGCUUGUGACUGCAUGCAGCUAUGGUUACUUUUAUUUUCGACGCGUUAUGUACGUAAGGACGCCUUGUAGUCCUGGUGGGUUUAGCGAUAGAACUAAACUCGGUACACUUGUAACCGAUACCUUACUAUGCUGUAGACAGCAUUAACUUUCUUUUAAAACGGGUUAAUUUUCCUUUGUCAACGUCGGUGAAAGCGGACAACUUGGUUGGCUUCCAACAACUGCUUUUCAUGAAGUCGCAUUUUUUCUUAAAUUGCCUAUAGCUUGUGUUAUCGGCUUUUUGUUUAUCUGUGUAUGUUCUAUUGAUUGACAUUCGAUGCUACGAGAAUCGCCUUUCUAUCGUCAAGAAGAAUUCUUUUUGCAAAAGGAUUGUCGAUAUCUGAUGUAAGUCAGACCGAGAAAGCAUCAAACAUUAAAGUUUUCUUUAACCUAACAAAACUUGAAGACGCUGUUCACCCCGACGACUUUAUAUGCGUUCGAGUUCCGAAGUGGUGAGUUGCAGGUGAUAGCAAGCAGUGGCGCUGAGAGCGAUGGAGCAUCUCGGCGAGACGUGCCUGGGGAAGGAGAACUGUGAGCUGGUGGCGGCCGGCCUGGGCGAGGCCAAGGGGCCCCCGGCCAAGCUGGCCCGGCUGGAGCAGAACGGCAGCCCGCUGGGCCGCUCCCGCCUGGGCAGCUCCGGGGCCAAGCUGGGCGGCGUGCCCUUCAAGCCCUCCUCGCACCUCCUGAAGGCCUGCCACAAGAAGGGCAACAUGCUGCCGGUGUUUUGCGUGGUGGAGCACUACGAGAGCCCCAUCGAGUUCGACAGCAAGGAGGAACACGCUGAGUUUGUGCUGGUCAGGAAGGACAUGCUCUUCAACCAGCUCAUCGAGAUGGCCCUGCUGUCCCUGGGCUACUCGCACAGCUCCGCCGCCCAGGCCAAAGGCCUGAUCCAGGUGGGCAAGUGGAACCCAGUGCCCCUCUCUUACGUGACCGAUGCCCCCGACGCCACAGUGGCCGACAUGCUCCAGGACGUGUACCAUGUGGUGACACUGAAGAUCCAGUUGCACAGUUGUCCUAAACUGGAAGAUUUGCCGCCCGAGCAGUGGACCCACUCUACAGUAAGAAAUGCCCUCAAGGAGUUACUCAAAGACAUGAACCAGAGCUCUUUGGCAAAAGAAUGUCCCUUAUCACAGAGUAUGAUUUCCUCCAUUGUGAACAGCACUUACUAUGCAAAUGUGUCUGCGGCGAAGUGUCAGGAAUUUGGGCGCUGGUAUAAACAUUUCAAGAAGACAAAAGAUAUGAUGGUCAUGCGCCAACCCUCCCAGCUGGAGGGCUACCUGGGGACGUGUGUCCUCCAUGACAGCCCGCGCGCCACCACAGUAGCAGAGAUGGACGGCAUGUCGGACCUGUCCCCGCCGGGCCCCAACCACAUGAGCUUCAGCCAACAGCCCAUUCCGGGCAGCACGGCCGAGCAGUCGCCCUCGCCCGUCACGCUGCCCCACAGUGGCCAGGCGCCGGGCCGCGCCCAGCUGCCCAGUCUGCACCCGGGCCUGGUGUCCUCGCCCAUCAGCCCACAGCUGGUCAACCAGCAGAUUGUCAUGGCGCAGAUCCUCAACCAGCAGUACGCCGUUAACCGGCUGCUAGCGCAGCAGUCGCUCAGCCAGCAGUACCUGAACCACCCGCCCGUCAACCGCUCGCUCAACAAGCCGCUCGACUCGCAGUGUUCCUCCAACACAGAGGUGUCGAUGGAGAUCUACCAGUGGGUGCGCGACGAGCUCAAGAGGGCUGGCAUCUCCCAGGCCGUGUUCGCCCGCGUGGCCUUCAACAGAACCCAGGGCCUUCUCUCGGAGAUCCUGCGCAAAGAAGAGGACCCGAAGACGGCCUCGCAGUCUCUGCUGGUGAACCUGCGAGCCAUGCAGAACUUCCUGCAGCUGCCGGAGGUCGAGCGGGAUCGCAUCUACCAGGACGAGCGCGAGAGGAGCCUGACCGCCGCCUCCGCCAUGGGCCCCGCGCCCCUCAUCAGCACCCCCCCAUCCCGGCCCGUGCAGCCAAGGAGAGAGGAAUGCAACAAUGUUAGACCUGAAGACUGGAACCCGAGAAUUCCUGUCGGAAUCUCACCUGUGAGUACAGCAUUCGGCUGCAUGACCCAUACGCGUCCUUAUCCCUCCCAGGUGAAGUCCUCUCCCCUGCCCAUUGAGUGGAACGGGAAGUCGGACAGCUGCGUGCUCAACAUCACCUCCUCCAUCUACGACGACAUCCAGCAGGAGAUGAAGCGUGCCAAGGUGUCCCAGGCCAUGUUCGCCAAGGUGGCCGCCUCCAAGAGCCAGGGCUGGCUGUGUGAGCUGCUGCGUUGGAAAGAGGACCCGUCCCCGGAGAACCGCACACUAUGGGAGAACCUGUCCAUGAUCCGGCGGUUCCUGAGCCUGCCGCAGGCGGAGCGCGACGCCAUUUACGAGCAGGAGAGCAACGGAGGCCAGCAGCACCACAGCGAGCGGCCCCCCCACCUGAUGCACCUCCCCCCCGACCCGCAGCAGCCUCCACCCCAGAUGCAGCAUCCUAUGAACCAGUCUCACCCCACCCUGCCCCAUCAGCAGCAGCAGCAGCAGCAGCAGCAGCAGCAACAACAGCAGCAUCAUCAUCAACAACAACAACAACAACAACAACAGCAGCAGCAGACCGGCCCCAGGCUGCCCCCGCGUCAGCCCUCCACUGCCUCCCCGGCCGAGAGCGAAGACGACAGCGGGCGCAAGUCGCGCCCGGCCAGCCGCAUCUCCUUCGAGGCGCUGGGCAUCCUGCAGAGCUUCAUUCAGGACGUUGGCCUGUACCCGGACGAGGAGGCCAUCCACACCCUCUCGGCCCAGCUGGACCUGCCCAAACAGACCAUCAUCAAGUUCUUCCAGAACCAGCGCUUCUACGUCAACCACCCGGGCAAAAACAAAGAGUCGGCCGGGUUCCCUCCGGUGACGCCGGCGGCAGUGGCGGUGGCCACCACCACCACGGGCGCCGGUGACCAGGAGCUGACGGACUUCAAGGAGAGCAGUGAGCUGCUGAAGGAGCUGGACGAAAGCACCCAGACCAGCAACACCAUCUUCUCCAUCAAGAUCGAGGAGCACAUGGCAGCCGAGGCCCAGGCCGCGGCCGAGCAGGAGGCCAAGGAGUAGCCAGCCGCUCUCCUUGCACUCUCUCUGUAGGUCUGUGGUCUGAGUGGGUUUCUCUCUUUCUCUCGCUCUUGUCGCUCACUCCACCUCUCUCUCUCUCUCUCUUUCUCUCUACUGGUCUUAAGGCCGACACCGAGGGACUCUGUUUCAGACAGACUCAGCUAAUGCUGCGGUGUUCUGCUUUUUUUCCAUUUUGUAAAUCCUGUAUUAUUCACUGUAAAGACUGACGCAUCGUUUAAUAACCCGCACAAAAAAAGAUAAAAGAGAAAAAGGAAAAAAAUCUAAGUCUGUUGCUGUGGAUAAUUGCUGACUGCACUUGAUGUCUGUUGUUUUUACACUGAUUUUGAGCUACUGAUUUACCAUUUAAAAAAACGAAUUCAAUGGAGUUUGAUAGACUUUGAUAGAUGUUUACGUAUGUGGUGUUAACUGGAUUUUUAAAAUGCAUAUGAAACUGAAGCAAAGAGGAGGACCAGGCCUUAAUGUUGAGGUACAGAGUCUAGCACCUGCUGACUGAUUUGUUAUUCUCCUAAAGGAAUAAAUGAAUAAAUAAACAAUUCAGUGUGACAAAUCACUCAAACUCUGGACCCUCUGAUCUUUGGGCUUUUUGGGGAGUAUAGCUCAAUCUUAUGAUUUGUUUGGAAGAAAAAGAUAAAUAUAUUAUAUAGACAUAUAUUAAUUGUAAAAAUAUACAGUCUUAAAGAAAACUAUGCCAACAAAUGCCUUGUACUAUAUGGCACUGCCGAUGUUAAGAUUAUUUUGCAAACCUUUGUCACUGUAAUUUUCGGGAUCUCUAAGCAGUUAAAAAAGAAAUGUGAAUCACAACCUAUGUUUGUUUUUUUGAUUUCCAUGACUUUGUCGUCCUACGUUAUUUAUUUGCAGUUCAUGCAGUGUUCUGAUGUAAUUAUGAUUUUGGAAAGUUUCUGUUACAUAGCGCUUUUUAUUUUACUGAACUUUUUCUAUUUAUAAAUGUAAUUUUGAUGGGCAGUAAAAUCAAAAGUGUCUUAACGUUUUAAAUGGAAAAUGUGCUUUAACGGUUGCCUAUGAAAAAGUGCUGUAUGUCGAGCAACUCAUGCUACAAGCUUCACAAUUAAUGUUGUAUGCAAUUUUUACUAUCAUGCAAAUAAGCUUAGGUCAAUUACUAACCUAUAGGACACCUUAGAGAGAAAAACAUAUGCAAUUUGUGUGAAAAUUGAUGUUUGCCAUGUGUCUUCCUUUGGUUAACAAUCCAAUUCAAAGCUAUUCCUGUAUAAAUACUCUGUAUAAAAAAGUGUUUCUUUUUUUAUGAGUUUAAUGCAAUGAGAACACCAGUUAUUUUGUUACGACUGACUGUUUUAUAAGUGUUUCUCUGUUUCUUUAUGCAGAAAUGUUCUAACUAGGAGUGGUUAUUGAUUGUUAAUGACACAAUUAAACUGUUUGUAUUGUACCCCAGAAUCUUUGUAUUCGUGUGACCAGAAGACGGCCCGGUUGAAAAAGAAUAUAGAAACGGAAAUGGAUAUGUCAUGAAAUGAAAUAGUAGUGUAACAGCCAAUAGUAAAUAACAAUGAGCUUUCACAAUUCCAACUCAAAACAACGUUGAAUGUCCAGACUUUUCUAUCAGGAAUCAACAGGAAAAUUGCCCUGAUUUUUCGCCACCAUCAGGAGAGACUUUUGGCGCUCACUGUCUACAGCACAUUGGUCUAUAGAGCACCGGUUCUUAUCUUUCUUUUUUUUCUCCUUGUGUUUUUUUUUGUUCUUGUUUGCAGCAUGUCUGAACUACCCUGAUAAUUAAGGGUAAAUAAAUCAGUGGUGUUAA